UGCUUCCUACGCCUCUGUGCUGGCUAAUGAGAUGCCACAGUCUCAGAUGUCGGCGAACUACCACGGAGAUCCGGAGAACAGCAAAAACCAUAGCGCGGAUAUUCCGAUCAGCUCCAGUUGCUCAGUAUAGAUCACUGGGCUUCCCGCUGAUUGUACCAUCCACCAGUUGUUGAAAGGCAUCCGAAAUGCCGGCAAGAUUUUCGCUACCCAUAUCAACCCGCCAGUUGACCCAAGCCCUACCGCUGCUGCCAGAAUUACCUUUUGGGAUCAGAGGGGCACCGAACGUUUCCUUGCAACCUACCGAUCUGGAAAGUUCCGCGUUGGGGAUUAUUUCCCCAUCGUGAGGAUGAAUCGGAUCCUUAUCGCACCCCAGGAGCGUUCACCAUACUCGCGGGUCCUCAGGUUUGUGGGACCUGGGCGUGUGGUGAACCAGCCAUACUUGGAAGAUUUCCUUAAGCAGUUCAUCUAUUACGACCUCGACGAAGUACGAAUCGUUAAGUACGAUGAAGUUCAACGAAUUCGUACCCUGGAAAUCCGCUUUGGGUCGUACAGAGCCCAGAGUGCCGGCGCGAUGAAGGUGGUCAGCGAAAUCCGAAACGGUGCUCCUCGGAUCGUUAACAGGAUGUCGUACGGAGAAUUGGAUUGCUGGGCCCAGGUUAAAGUCACCUGGGGAACAGACCCUUGUGCGACGUAGACGCCGAGUCUAUAAUGUGACCUAUGUUAGGUCUCAAUGGUGACCACGGCGUGAAUAGUAGAUUGUAUAGGAUGGAAAGCGCUUUGGGGGAGAGGCGAGCUAUUGGUGAGCCUCUAACAUGUCACACGAAGCAUUCCAAACUCUCACAUGUAGUGUAAUUGACAUUACUUUUUAUAAAGCAA